GAAAAUAUGACAGAUGAUAUAAUUCCUUACCCCAGAGAAAAACUAAUCGAUAUCAUAGACGAUAUUGUAUACAACGAAAACAGGAAAAUUGUAUCCAUCUUCAAGGAUUAUCUGAUCUAUGAUGACAUCGGGGAUUUCCUAAAUAGAAUGUACACCAUUCCAGAGGUAAAGCCCAGACUUAACAGAAUAACUGAUUACUACUGAGCAGUUGGCCCAUUCAAUCCUUCAAUGGCUGCACUUGAAGAACAAAAAUUCAUCACGAAAUAAUCACAAAUUAAAACAAAGAAAACUGGAAGCUAAGCUCAAAGCUCUUGAAAAGCUCAAUAAAUAAGGAAGAUAGCCAGUUCUCCUACGAAUUUGACAGUUUAGAAAGGCAUAAAGUUUUUGAUACCCAAAUGGUAGAAGCAAUUCUAGGUGAAAGCCUUUCACAACAAAGUUCUAACUUCUUACAAAGCCAUGGUUGUAGCAUUGGUCUCUCGAUGAAAUCUUACGAGCAGAAUAGCAAAAUGCUCAAUAAUACCAAUAAUAAAUCAGACAUUUAUGACUUAGAUGUGUUCCGGAAUCCCUACAACAAAGAUGGAACAAACUCUUUUGAAAAUUUAGUCAAGGAAUUUGUAGAAAAUUACACUGAUCUUGAUCUCUCAGAAGAGAUCAUUAAACGUCCUAGAAAUGAUCGUAAAAGCAAUUAUAAUAACAUCAAAGUCCCAGAGAGCUCAUAUCUCGAUUUUGAUAGUAGUAUCAGCAUAAUUCAAAAGCAUCAAGAAAAGAAACCUUCCAAAUAAACCAACUAGAGGAGAAUCAAAGAAUAAUAAAAAUCAAACUAAGAUUUCUAAAAGAAACACAAAUCUUAACGAAUAUAUUCCAACGAAGCCAAGCACGACAGGCUACUCACGAAGAACACAAGACUCCAUUAAGAUUGAAGAUCUGAUCAAAGCAAGACGGCCUGGCAUUUAUGGAACAAAAAUAGUAAAAUAAAAUCAAAGAAAUUCCUCACAAAUCUCUAAAAUAUUCCACAAAAUCUUCAAAAAGAGUGACGAACUACGACAGAAAGAAGUAUUUAACCAGUAAACCCUCACCAUUCUCCAAGACAAGCAGAGUAAGUGCAGGACAUAGUAAGAACUCCAAACCAAGGAAGGUCAAAAGGUCGAAAUAAACUCAGCAUGAAGGCACCAAGGAAUCAUAAAUCAGGGGACUGUGAUCCCUUGUUUGAGUCAAAGUUCAACAUUAUGAGUACAUCUGCAAAAUCAAAACUAAAGCAGCCUAAGACUGAGAAUAAAAGAAAGAAAAGAAACAGGAAGAGAAUCGGUAGCCUUGAUGAAUUCAAAGUCAAAAUGUAUCUAUCCAAGCAUAAGGGUAAAUAUUCAAGACCAUAUACCAAUAUCUCUAAAACUCGAAAGGCUCCAGGAAGGCUUAGUAAAGCAUCAUCUUAUAUUUCUUUAAUCGGGAGCCAAACCAGCUCACAGCCAGACUCCAUUAUAAAAACUCUAAAACAACGAAGAAUCAGGGUAGACAUCCGUUCAAACGGCCGAAAAAGCGCUUACAACUUACAUAAACACUCCACACACUACGACAUCAGGAUCCCCACCCCUUCAGACCUCCGAGACUACCUGACCUUCACCAAUCUAAACACUCCCACCAAAAGACACCCUCCUAAGCCCAAAACCAGGCUUUCCAAGCACCCUAAAAAUCCUACAAAGCUCAAAACCUCCGAAAAUCCCCACUUCAGUACAAGAAAGACUCCUACUGUCAGCCUGAAAGUUCAAAAAUCUGAUCCAAAAAUGUCCUUAAAUCCAAGUUGUUCUAACUUAGGGUCCAAUUUUGGUAGGCCACUCAACAUCCAAACCUCUACGAAAAACCCUCUUAUAACCCUCCUGCCUAACAACACCACUUCUUCCUUCGACCCAUCAAUCCCUGAUGAAGCGAACUACUCGCCCAGCAGCAGCUCCUUCAGCUGCACAGACUUGCCAGUCGAUGAAGGAUCUAUUGAAGGAAAUAAAGGACUUGUUAAAGGAAUUCAGCAAUACAAGUUUUGUGUUACCUCUCACAGCCCCUUCCACCGGCCCCCUUCCCACCUACCAACCCCCACCACUCCCUCUCCUUCCUUCCCAACCAACCCUAUCUGCCCACAGCCCCUGCAAUCAACCAUAAACCUCAAAGCCUUCAGAAACAAACAACCUAGCCAGCUCCAGUCGACCGCCAAAGUUCCACAUACACAGGCUUUGAAGUCUUGCUUCGAAGAACCUUCGGCAGACCAGCAAGGCUUCUUUCGACCAAAGCUUCCUGAGUCUAAAGAAGAACAUAAGAAAGGAAUAGUUAUGAAGACAAGUAGAAGCCAGAUAUAGAUAAGGAAGGAAUCAUGCUUAUUCUAGAUACAUGCACAACCAGGGUAACUUAAAACUCCAUUAUUCAACAGCAGAUAAGCCUGGAAUCAUAGAAUGUUAAACCUGGAUCUGGAUAAAGCAAACAAGAAAUCAGCCUAAUAAAUAAAUUUAACUGAUAAAUUU